CUCAAAUCUCACACGUAUCUUCACGUAUCGCCUCUCACCGUUUCUCCCCAAGUUCCACGCGCGUGAGUGCGCGGGCGCGUGCUUUAUAACAGACCAUAGUGAGGUCAUACACCCACCUUAACAGGUGAUUCGUUUUUUCAUUUACAUCGCGCGGACUCGUUAUAAGACGAAAGUGCGAAGAACUCUUAAGAAUAUUCGAUCCGUUUUAAUAGUUUUUCACGAUGAUCAUGAGGACGUUGUUCGCUGCUCAUCGUGUGUCAUUAGUGCUCGUAUUCACGGUCACUGUCAUUGACGGCAAUUACACGGAUAUCAAUCUACCGCAACAACACAUCAAGUAUUAUUUCAAUUCUUUUCCCACGGUAGCAGAAAAGUGCCGCAACGACGCAGCCUGUCCAUAUAAGGACAGCCUUGAUACCAAAGCUUGUUGGGGCUACGAGAAUGAUUGCAAAAUGGAAAAUUCUUUUUCCAUACCACUUUGUCCAGGUGAUCACAAAGGAUGGGUCGCUACGAAAAAGGCUCAACUGGAGACAUAUUACGCACAAGGCGAUUUCGGAUAUGUUCGUGCAAUGAGGAAAGAAAUGAUGCUAUUAUGCGAACCAUUAUUUAUGGAUGAUUCAUCCUUGGAAUGUGCGGAGCACAUGAGGUUUUGCAGAGCGCGAAAUAUAAUGUUAAAUUUCACAGAUCUGCUAAGUCGCAAGGAACCUAUACGAUACAAAAUGGACGUGCUAAAAGAAGGUCAAAUUGGCGGCUACUGCACGAUGAAUGAAAGGAGAUUGCAGGACAACGUGGAUCAUAUCAGUCCAUUGCAGUCCUGGGGACCAGAAUUACGAAAUUUCAAAAAACUACCUCGUCGACCGAUUGUCCACGGUGAUUGUGAUGUCGUUAUUGAAAAACCGACUUUUAUCAUUAAGAUAGACGCAAUAGUAAAUAUGUACCAUCAUUUUUGCGACUUCUUCAAUUUAUACGCAUCAUUACACGUCAAUCUCUCGCACCCAUCCGCCUUCGAUACAGACAAUCAUAUAAUGAUCUGGGAAAGUUAUAGCUACCGCUCGGCGUUUCAAGAUACCUUCGAAGCAUUCACAAGGAAUCCACUUUGGGAUUUAAAAACAUUCCGAGGCGAGACCGUGUGUUUCAAAAAUGUGGUCUUUCCACUCUUACCACGAAUGAUUUUCGGGCUUUAUUACAACACGCCAUUAAUUUACGGCUGUGAAAAAUCCGGAUUGUUCAAAGCAUUCAGCGAUCAUGUACUGCAUCGACUUGAUAUACCUCUUCAUCAAAGGAAAGAUCGGAAGAUUCACGUAACAUUACUGAGCAGAGACACUAAGUACAGAAAAAUUUUGAACGAGAAUGAGUUGGUGAAAGCUUUAAAAGAGAAUCCGGAGUAUAAAGUCAGAAAGGUAGUAUACAAUAAAAAUGUGCCAUUCAAAAAACAAUUAGAAAUCACUCGAAAUUCCGAUAUCUUUAUCGGUAUUCACGGUGCUGGAUUGACGCAUUUGAUGUUUUUACCAGAUUGGGCAGCUGUAUUCGAAAUACAUAAUUGUGAAGAUCCUAACUGCUACAAAGACCUUGCUCGGCUAAGAGGCGUGAAGUACUAUACGUGGGAAGAUACAUCAAAGUUAACGCAACAAGAUCCGGGAACGCAUCCCGAUGGCGGAGCUCAUGCGAAAUUUACGAACUACAGUUUUGACGUUAAAGAAUUCUUGAGAAUUGUUGCACUUGCAAGGAAUCACGUAAAGCAUCAUAAUGCUUUUAAAAAGUUUAUUAACAAUUUUCGCUCUGAAGUACAAAAUGAUACUAGCACGACGAAUGAAAAAUCGGUACAAUCUUCUAACACGAAAGAAUCGAUUCGAUUACAAGAGAAAUCGAAUAUAUUGUCCAAAGAUGAAUUGUGAAUAAAAUUUAGGUAUUAAAUUAAAAAAAUUAAUAUAGAGAAUGUUAAAAGGUGUGAUCGGAAAUGCAGUAAACCAGUUGUUACUGACCAAAUUAAUUUUACUUAUUUUUAUAAUAAUGUACAUAUUUUAACAAGUAAAAGACAAUAAAUGCUGAAACUCGA